UGUGAGCUGUCAGCAAGGGCUGUCAGUUGUCACUGUCACGUUUGCUUUGCUUAAAAAUACAAUCACAUUAAACUUAUUUAUUCCGUAAACUAUACAUGAUUCCUGCUCAAGCUUAAAACCUCUGCUAAUAAAACAAGAUAAUAACAUGUCGAGUAACGUAAAUCCCUUAGCCGGCACGGCGCAUUUACUCGACGAAUUAGACAAGAAAUUGAUGGUGUUGCUGCGAGAUGGGAGGACAUUGAUCGGGUAUUUACGUUGCGUGGAUCAAUUUGCGAAUUUGGUUCUUCACAAGACUAUAGAAAGGAUACACGUUGGAAAAGAAUAUGGGGAUAUACCUAGGGGAAUUUUUAUCGUAAGAGGGGAGAAUGUCGUACUUCUUGGUGAAAUCGAUAAAGAAAAAGAAGACAAUCUGCCUCUAACAGAAGUUUCAGUUGAUGACAUACUUGAUGCUCAAAGAAGAGAACAGGAUGCCAAGAUUGAGCAGCAAAAGUUGCUCUCUAAAGCUUUAAAAGAGCGAGGACUUAACCUUCUAGCGGAUUUGGGGCAUGAUGAUAUGUUUUAAUUUGUCCCCACAUUCUUUAUAUCUUAAGCAUCCAUGUAAAAACUGAAAUAAAUCUUUUUGGCUAUUGAUGUAUCUUGUAAAAUGAAUAAUUAUUAUUGAUUUUAUAUGGAAAA